AUGCAACGCAAUUGGGUAUUGCUGCCCCAGACAGUGCGUGCAGGAGAUGCACCAAAAAGUUCUGCGGUUCGUACCCCCACAAGACCCUUGCCGUACGUUUGCUUGAAGUCUAAUGACGGUAUGGAGUUCGUUCUUCCUGAGGUUGCAGCGCGCCAAAGCAAAAUGCUGGCCAUGCUGCUAGAUGCUGUUUAUUCACUCCCAGAGCGUGGUGGUUUUGCGGAACCGACAAAUGCGCGGGGUGAGCAACAUACAACUGUACACGCCAGCAAUAACAUAGGCACAAUGCCAUGUAUUCCUCUUGAAGUGCUUAGUGGCCGCAUACUGGAGCUGGUUUGUCGCUAUUUAGUCCAGCGCAGUACGUCAGAUGUAAAUUCUACCGACGAAUUUGCGCUUCUGGGUGAGCUAAACCCCACUUCAUCCAGUGAUCAGGAUAUCGUUUUGGGGCUGCUGAUGGCGUCGGAUUACCUGGAUUGUUGA